AUGCCCGACGAAUUCCCGCCUUAUGUCCCGAUGCCCUCACUCGGCCACGAGCUUGGCCUUAUGUUCGGCUUCUUCAGCCUCUGUCUAGCAGUCAUGGCAGCCUACGUUGUCGUCUGGCGAAUCUCCCAAAGCCGUUUCCGCGCCCAAGACCUUGCCCGGCGCAAAGCAAUCCGCAACAACCGCCGGGUAUCUCGAGAUCCACAAUUGGGAACGUCAUCGAUAAUGGGGAAAAGAAACCCAAAUCCCGCUGGGAAUGAGACUCCUGAGAAAAUGUCCAAUUGCUACACCAUCCCCGAAGACCUGGUGGAGCUCCCCAUUCAUGGGAUGGAGUUGCUCAGAAGUGAAAAGGUCCCUGGAACAAUGAUGGGGCCGCUUUCAUCUAAUGCAGUGAGACCUUUGAGUCCACUGGGCUCCAGGGGCGUGAUAGAGUCCGGGUCUGCAGCUGGGGUGGGAAUUGGGCAUUCGCCCAGGGAUCUUGUUAGUCCCGUUGGUGGGGAUGAAGUGGAGUCAAUUAUUGGUCUUGCGCCGUCGCUCCCGCAAGGUCGAAGUCAGAGCCCUCUCCCUGUGCGUGAGAUUUAUCGGUCUGUGAGUCCGGCGAGAAGAGCUGGUGGGCAGAGUGGUGUUGUUGAGAUUGGGCCAACCCUGGAGGGUCGAGUCAGGUAG